AUGGCAGCUAGAAAACUUAAAUAUCAACUGGGCUCUCCUGAAGAGCAUAUUGAAAUGUGUAAAACCCACAAUUUACCAAUUGAUAUGAUAUGUGAAGACUGUGUUAAAUCUAUUUGUGGUAAAUGUGCCAAAACAGAUCAUAGAGAUCACGAUUGGAGCACAAUAUCCACAGCAGCCAGCCAAAAGAGGAGAGCUUUGCUUAGAUUUCUCAGGAAGAUUAAGGAAGAGGACCUGCCUGGGAUUGAUGAAAAGAAAAAGAAGAUUUCACAACAGAUCACAGAAAAUAAAGAACUGUACAAAAAGAAGAAAGACAUUGCAAAGACAGUUAAGUUCAUGGAGGACAACGAGGGUACCUUGUCAUAUGAUAGCUUGAUACACAACCACAGAGAACUGACACAACUGCUGUCUGGCCUGAAUGUUGAUAUUAAUAAAUUUAAAAGUUCAGUGAGAUACAAUAAAGGAGAAAUCAGUGAUGAGGUACUGAAGAAUAUAACUGGAAAAACUCAUGAUUUAGAUGAUAUUAGUUUGACUGAAACAAGCUUAUUCAAAUUUAGAGAUAACCGAAUGAUUUUAUUGAGAGCAUUGUGUGAAGAUCAAUGUUACAUAAGAGAAGUAGAGUCAGCUUACACUGAACAAGUAAACAAAGAAGGUGAGAUAAAAUACAGAUAUAAUAUUAGUCCUUAUGAAUUGUAUGUGACAAAUUCUGGUGAUAUAUAUUGUACUAACUUUGAUAACAAGUCCAUCAGCUGUCUGUCAUCAUCAGGAUCGGUCUCUACAAUAAUCAGUACAGAUCCACUGGAACCAAUAGGGCUCUGUCAGUCAGUGGACGGUGGAUUACUGGUCACGUUGGCAGACAAUCAAUCAGACGAUUACAAAUUAGAGUCACACAGCAGACGUCUGGUGAGACAUAUCACAGUGACAGGUGAUGUCAUCCAUGAGUAUGAGUACCAGGAGGACGGUCAGACCAGACUGUUUACAUCACCAAUCAGAGUCACACAGAACAGUAACCGUGAUAUCUGUGUUGUGAACCGUACAAGUGGUACUACAGGUGAUCUAGUGAUUAUUUUUAGUUCUGGUCUUAUGAAGUCUAUCUACCGUGGUCAGAACCUGACAGAGAACUUUCAUCCAACCUGUGUAGAGUGUGACUCCCUCUGUAAUAUCCUUGUCACUGACUUAAAUAACAAACAGAUCCAUCUCCUGAGUCCUGAUGGAGAUUUUUUGAAGUUCUUACUGACAGAAAAUGAAGUGAAUCGUCCAGUCAGAUUCUCCCUAUACAAGUCUACGCUGUGGGUGGGAUACUACGAAGGACUUGUCAAAGUGUUUCAGUACACAAUGAGGAGCCCCCCAACAACCUCGUCGCUUACUCCGCUGGAGGAUACAGUAGUGGCCAUCAUUGGAGACACACCUAUAGACGGGAUCACAGGAGGACUGGAUACGGAGGAACCCUCUGUAUCUACGAUGUUGAUUCCAGCAUUCUACAAACUAGUACGUCACUGCAUCCUCCAGAAGUAUCACAGACAGUAUUGGCCUCAGCAAACGCCACUGGUGCCAAGAAUACACAGACAUGAGAAAAAGAAGAACCCCUCUAAAGAUUCAUAUGGCGAGGACUUGCUGGUUAUACAGAGAGAAAUCCUGAAAGUGGAGAAAGAGAGGCUAGAGGUUGAAAAGAAAAUGCUGGAAAUUGAACAAACAAAUCUAGUAAUUAAGCUACAGAAACACCAAAUAUAUCUCAGCAGCAUGGGGAUAGUGUUUACUUCCCCUGAAGAAAAUGUUUAA